AUGGAGAGCAAGAAGACGGUCAAAGACUGUUUUGUGGGCGUUAUAUCCAGUCAUGGUGAGGAGGGUGUUGUGUUUGGCGCUGAUGGACGUGCUGUGAAACUGGCUGAGAUCUACAGCUACUUUGGAAGCCUGUCAAUGGCAGACAAGAGCAAACUCUUUCUGAUCCAGGCUUGUCGAGGGCAUGGGUUGGAUGAAGGUGUGGAGGCUGACUCUUCGUUCUCAGAGUCUGAGCUCUUUUCCAUCCCUAUCAGUUCUUCACUCACGUUCAUUUGUUUUAUAGGUUACGGUGCAUUCAUGCAUCCUCUGGGCUCUGAGUUGAUUCAAACCUUUUGUAAAUUGCUAGAAGGAGGAGGUCCGGAUCUGGAGAUCACAAGACUCCUGACUCGAAUAAACUUCCAGGUGGCCUACAACUUUGAAUCCAGAGGGAAACUGUUGGGUGGCAAGAAACAGAUGCCGUGCUUUGUGACCCGCUUUACCAGAGAGGUUUUCCCGUUCAGAAAGAUGGCAGCAGCAGAAGAUUUGAGCUUGACCUUUGCAGCCACGCAGCUUAUCGAUGAACCCAAUCGAUCACGGAAGAGCUCCAUCAGCUGAACAGAGACGGACGGGAAGAAUAUGUGGAGAAACUGAUUCAUGUUAGAUAUCACAUUAUC